AUGAUGCCAUAUUUUCCGUUUUCGUCUACUGAAACCACGCAUGUUCAACCAAUUAUAGUUGUAACUUCAAACGAGCAAGAAGAAGAUGAUGAUGACGAUUAUUCAACGCCACCAUCAUAUUUUCAUCCUAGCAUGUCUUAUCCUCCACAUAUUCCACAUUCCUCGUAUAUGCCAAUGAUGUCACCAUAUAUGAUACAUCCAUCACCAUCGAUACCAUCACCAACUACAAUAUUUAAUCGAAGCAAUAGUUAUCCCGUUGCUGUAACAAGAUUUGUAAUAACAGCAAGGCAAAAUCAAAAUAAUAAUGAUACAGCUCCUGCAGAAUCGUCUAGACCAAUAAUUCCGGAUCAGUCAACACAACAGUCGACAUCUGAAACACAUCCACCAUCUAUUUUUCGUUUACGUAUGCAUGUUGACGGUUUUCUUCCUUCGGAACUCAAAGUUUCCAUAAAACAUAAUCGUUUAAUUGUUCGCGGUAAACAUAUAGUUCGAGGUUCUUCUACAACAGCCGUUGCAGCCCCUAUCACAACAGUCUCACAACAUAAUGACAAUUACGUAAGUGAUAGUGAUGAGAACGACUCUGAUUUUGUUUCAAAAGAAUUUAAACGCACAUUCUCGCUACCAGCAGAUAUUGAUAUACGCAAAGCAAAUGCCCAUUAUUUAUCGCAACAAUCAGUUCUCGUUGUGGAAAUUCCAUAUCUGUCAUUAAAUGAUAACUGGACGACAUCAUCAAGAAUGCGACCCAUCGAUUUAUUUCUUACCAUUGUCGCUUUACUAUUGUUAGAUCGGGCAUUACAAUUAUCUCCUUCGGCAACUGACGAUGAUAUCAAGAAAGCAUAUCGACGUUUGGCAUUGAAAUAUCAUCCGGAUAAAAAUCCAGAUAAUAAAGUAGUUGCAGGGGAAAAAUUUAAAGAAAUAGCCGAAGCGUAUGAAGUGUUGACCGAUGAAAAUCAGAAAACAAUUUAUGAUCGAUAUGGAUACGAAGGAUUGCAAGGACAUGCAAGAACAAAGUCAAGCAGUGAUGGAAGAAGUGGAUUUGGUCCGGCAAUGUUUAAAAAUAUGAGGAUGAAUGGUAGACCGACAAUUUAUCGUUUUCGUGACCCAUCUGAUAUAUUUCAAGAAAUAUUUGGACAAGAUUUUUCAAAUCAACGAACAAAAACGGAAACUCAACAUACCAAUAUUGAUAAAGGUUUAUUUAAUUUUAUGUCAACAUUGAUGAAUGGAGUAGCAUCUAACAGUAGCGGACGAGAAUCUACAUCCAUGGGUAUACGCCAGAUAAUUCGUACAACACAAAUUGUGAAUGGUAAACGUGUGACAACAACUCGUGUAGAAGAAGAUGGAAGAGUGACAGAGAUCGUAGAAGAAAAUGGUCAUAUAAAAUCGAGAAAAAAAAUGAUCGAUGGACACUCACGAAGGAAAGAACAAUUGGAGAAGAAAAAAUAA